AUCUCAUUUUCCUUUUCUAGUUUCCUUAUCUAAUUUCCUUAUCUCAUUUCCUGAUCUGAUUGGCUUAGCAAUAUCUGCGUGUGACAUGACGUCGCUAGCCCUGCGGCUACGUCGCCUCAAACCCCUCCCAUUGGCGGAACGUGUACGUUCCUUUUGUCCAAGAUGGCGGAGUUGACACAGGUUCACUGAUUCUAAUAUGUUUUUAAACGCGUUUAUCCUUUAUUUUUUUAUUUCGGAAUACAUGCAAAGUCUUAACGUCGCCAACAUUAGUUACAAGUUACUAACGUUCCCCCCAAAAGUGAGGAAUUUGCUUCCAGAUCGGAUUUUUUUCCCCUGCAGACACUGACUGAAAGACUGGCUAGCUAGUUAGCGAAAAAGUUUGGGCAUCGUUUAAAAAUGAAGCGACAGGCCGGAAGGGACUCCAGUCCCAGUAGGACUUUAGUGAAACGAAUACGGGAAAGAGAGCGGGACCGGGACGGGGUACGGAGAGAGGACCUGCCGCCCCCACCACUUGCUUUACUGCUCGCUGAAAGCGGGAGGCAACAUGCUCGGAGUAGGAGCAGGGAACGAGAGAAGACACGGCUCCGGGAGGAACGUGGAGGCACCGGAGAUCCACUUCACCACCGACAACAACACCACGACCUCGGUCUCAUCGGCCGACCCCCUCUCCGGACUACAGCCGUCCUGCCUAAAGGCAAAGCGGCAGCCGAACUACUGGGCCUCCGGGGGGGAGCGGGGGGGACUCUGGAAUAUAAAUCGUUGCUCAUUAGUAAUAUUGGCUCGGUGCUUUCUGACGAACACGUUGAAGACGGACUGUUUCACGAGUUUAAAAAGUUUGGGGACGUUAGUGUGAAACUAUCCCACACCCCAGAACUAGGCCGAGUCGCCUACGUCAAUUUCAGGCACCCGGAGGACGCUAAAGAGGCCAGGCAUGCCAAAACCAGGUUAGUACUGUAUGACCGUCCACUCAAAGUAGAGCCCAUGUACGUCCGGCGGCGCAGCUGCACGCCACCGGAUAUGGGCUAUGUCCCCAUCCAUAACGCCCCAUAUCCCUCUUAUAGACAGAGGUCCCUGUCCCCCUGCGCUGGAGUUAGUAGUAUCAGAGAUAUCCGACCAAGACAUUACCAUGUAGAGGGACUGGGACUGAGCAGAGAGAGGGAGAGGAUCUUAGAUUACUACGGGAUGUUAGACGAGAGGGGACGGCCAUACGGGCUGCCUGUACUUGAGCACGAUGACAUAAAACCUGAGGAUGAUGCGAGGGCGUGCAGGAACCUGUUCAUCGGCAACCUGGAUCACAACGUCACCGAGGGCGAGCUGAGGAGAGGCUUCGAUAAGUACGGCGUCAUCGAGGAAGUUGUGAUUAAACGACCGGCGCGCGGUCAGGGGGGAGCCUACGCUUUCCUCAAGUUCCAGAACUUAGACAUGGCUCACAGGGCUAAGAUAACCAUGCAGGGGCGCGUGAUUGGCGGGAACCCAGUGAAAAUAGGCUACGGUAAGGCCAACCCUACCACCAGACUCUGGGUAGGCGGGCUGGGACCCAGUAAUUCCCUGGCAGCCCUGGCCAGAGAGUUUGACCGUUUUGGAAGCAUCCGGAACAUACACUAUGUGAAAGGGGAUAGUUUUGCCUACAUUCAGUAUGAGAGCCUAGAUGCCUCCCAGGCUGCAUGCACUCAGAUGAGAGGGUUCCCUCUGGGAGGCCCAGAGAGGAGGCUAAGGGUAGACUUUGCCAAGGCUGAGGAGCCCCUGCCUCGUAGCUACCCAACAGGAUACCAGCCCCCUGUGCCCCUGCCUGCCCACCUGGACCUGCUGAGGCAUCGCGACCGUAGCCUGGAGAGAGAGCUACGCGCCCGGGACCGCUCGCCUCCCUCCCACGCUCUGUUCACCCAGCGGGAGAGAGAGAGAGCUAUGCUGGACAGGGGGGACAGAGAGUUCACCUCUCCAACAAAUAGUCUGGAGCGCAGGGGGAGUGAAGCAUUUGGGGGGUCUCGUGGUAGCCGAGGGGCCCGGGCAGCCCGGAGCCGAAGCAGAGAGCGCUGGCUGAAGGAGAGGGACGCAGAGCGGGCUGUGGUGGAGAGACGCAGACGCAGGUCCCUCUCCCUUGACGGACCCUCUCAGGAGAAGGAGAGAGGAGGAGCAGGGCCAGCUUCUCCAGAGGACAGCCCAGACAGAGCCAGGGUCCGGGCCCCAGAUUCUACCACCGAGCCCAGGGGACAGAGCCCUGACAGCAGCCGCCACUCCAACGAGGACCGGGUCGGCCAGGACGGCCACGAGCCAUCCUCCAGCCGGGACCGCCACAAGAAGACUGGCGGGGACAGAGAGAAGGACCGUGACCGGAACCACCGGGCGAGCGACACACACCACACCUCCGACACGCUUAGUAAAAACCCCAGAACACCCAGCACGUUGUCGGAGUGUGCUACCACCCUCACCAAAGCCUGGCACGGCCACUUCACCCUGAAGAACUCCUGCUUCCCCACUAACAUGCACCUGCUAGAGGGAGGUUCCGGGUUCUUCCACUCUGUCAUGAAGGACCACCAGGCCAAGGGGAAACUGACCCAGCUGAAGAUCGCCCAGCGACUGAGGAUGGAUCAGACCAGGCUGAACGAGGUCACCCGGAGGAUCAAACAUGGUGGCUCCGAGGGUUACGCUGUUCUCCUGGCCCUCCAGGGCCCCGUCGACCGCGAGGCCCCUCCACCUGAACCAGGCCUACAGAUCAGACUCCUCCGUCACCUGGUUACCUACCUGAGGAACAAGGAGGCUGCAGGAGUGAUCAGUCUACCUGUAGGUGGGGCUAAAGAGGGGGGAAAGGGAGGCAUGCUGUAUGCUUUCCCCCCAUGUGAUUUCUCCCAGCAGUUCCUCCAGAGUGCUCACAGGACUUUGGGGAAUCUGGAUGAAGAACACCUCGUGGUUGUUAUUGUAAAUGACUCUGCCUGACUAACUUAAGACAGAAGACGUUUAUGGUGUUGGCUGUCAAUGUUAUUCCACCCACGUUAACAACAGACAGCUGUCCGUAGGGCUGGGGAUUACCAGGGACCUCACCAUACUUAGAUGCCGAUAUGUAUUGUGAUUCUCACGAUUCUAUUUGUAUUGUGAUUCGAUAACUGUGAUUUCAUUGCGAUUCGAUGUUCCAAACAUAUUGCUCACCGUAUGUCUGCUGCAGAGGGACGAGAGAGAGAAAGAGAGAGAGCCAGGAGAAAAUGAGUUUUGAUCAGUCAUGGAAAUCAAAGUGCUAAAAACAAAUUGACUCCCAAUUUAAAAAGAAGAUGGAGAACAAGUUAUGAAGGAAAAAUACUGGAGUUGUUUGUGCAGGUACAGCCAACGAGCACUUAAAUAAUAUUGAGAUAUUGUCAAAAUGAUACGGUAUGUCGUCAGAUAAUAUCCCAAUAUGUAACUAAAACACAAUUGGUGUUGGUGGCUAUCAGUCUCUAUGGUGGUGUUGGUGGCUAUCAGUCUCUAUGGGGGUGUUGGUGGCUAUCAGUCUCUAUGGUGGUGUUGGUGGCUAUCAGUCUCUAUGGGGGUGUUGGUGGCUAUC